UCGCGUCAACACUGCUGACUUAGAUGUUACCUAGUCAGGUUAUUAUGCCGUAAAGUAGACACCUGGCAUUCAUCAGCAGUUAGAACUAGGACGGUUGUGAGGAUGGACGGAGACAAAAACGUUGGCAUCGCCUAUUUCUUGUGGCUGAUUGGCGGUGCAUUUGGGCUGCACCAUUUGUACUUGGGCCGGGACCGGCAAGCCUUCGUAUGGUGGGCGACUUGGGGUGGGUUUUUUGGCAUCGGCUGGCUCAGAGACAUUUUCAACAUCCCGUACUAUGUGAGUCUAGCCAACCAAUCGUACGAUACGGUAGAACUUGCUAAGAAUGAGGAGAGAUUUAGAGUGCGUCCCCAGUGGAGUACGGCUCGGUUCUGUGGUGAGAUAAUGUUUGGAUCCAUACUAGGGUUUGUUCUGCAGUACGCCAUACCUGACGAGCUGUUACAAGGCAACUCCGUCCUCAGUUAUAUACUGCUACUGAUAGGACCCUUCGGCACGGCCAUAGGAGUUCAUGUUGUGGCAAACAUAGGGAGGGAGCAGUGCUCCUGGCAUUACCCGGUAUUAGGCGCGUAUAUCGCAGCGCCCUUGAUCUACCUCAGUCCGACCAACCUGCUUUUCUGCGGCAUCACAUCCGCUGUGGCUGCUUCAGGGAAAGGCUCGAGAUGGCGUCCAAUCGGUCAGUUAGGUGUUCGUCGAAAGAAGCACGUUUGUAAACGACUACCGUUCUUAACAGUCUGUGGCCUGGCCUACCUGUCGCUGUGGGGAUCUAUGAUUUACUUUAACGCCACAAUAACGACAAAAGAGGGCGACGAUGUGAAGGUUCGACAGGCACUCAAUAACUUCUUCAAAUCGCCGGCAUGGUUGGAAAUGAAGGAAAUGAUGAGUCAGCUGUAUCAAAGCAUUCAGACGGUGGGCUGGAAGAAAUUCUUCGAAGAUUUGGUUGAUGCCCUCGAUCCACAAGGUGAAUCAAAUGCCUUAAAGGUGUUGGACCUUAGUGCGGACGCCACUCAGAAGGAGAUAACUGCGCGUUAUCGUCAGCUUGCUAAGACCUGGCAUCCAGACAAGUUCAAAGAUCCAGCAGAAAAGGAGGAAGCUCAGAAGAAGUUUAUUGAGAUUCAACAAGCUUACGAAACACUUUCAGAAAUCAAGGCCAAAAGAUCUGCUCGUACCAAGCAUUCCAGAAGUGAAUUUUGAGUAAUGUCUUUCUUUUUUUGUUUGUUAUGGAUUUUCAAAAGCAGUACUUUUGUGAGACUAUUUUGUCGUGUGCUCUUUUGCCGUGAAGGGAUUUGUAUGCAAGUGAAAAACUUGGUUUUGUAGCUUGACGUUUUUUAUAAAUUUUCUGAUUUUUGUUCAUGUAUUCCAAACAAAGCAAAAUAUAAGUGUGCAUAAAUGAUAUUGACAACCAGUGGCAUAGAUUCUGAUAGGCUGUAAAGCUAGAAAUGACGUUUACAUCAGCCCGUGUUUAAGUUUUCCAGAGAUACUACGAAUGAUCUAAAAUUUCACCCCAAGAAAUGCAUUUUUUAGACAAAUUUCAUAAGACGUAUCAACUCGCAACUGGCAUGUUUCCACUUAGUAUAUUAUCCUGCGUGUACCUCCCAAACAUACCUUAAAACAGUUUUCUUCUCAGAAUCAGGCAAAAUGAGUAGCAUUGUAAUGGAUGAAGUUUUAGGUUAUUUACAGUAACUGUUACAUACUAGUAAACUAACAGCACCUAAGCUCUAUGGAGGUGCUGUGAAAUCAGUUGUAGGUUAUUUACGGUAACUGUUACAUACUAGUAAACUAACAGUACCUAAGCUCUAUGGAGGUGCUGUGAAAUCAGUUUUAGGUUAUUUACGGUAACUGUUACAUAAACUGACCACACUUACAUGUAGACGCUGUAAAAAUCAGUAAGGGGAUAAGCAGUGUGUGAGGGGGAGUUUACCACUAUAAUGCUCCAUCAGUUCUUAAUUGUUGUUUCACAGGCAGAGUAAAUCUUUUUUUUUCCAACAUCGGAGGAGGCUAUGAAAAUAAAAAUAAUAACCUGAAAAUCAUCUAAUUAGUUUUUCCUGAUAAAUACAUAUUUACAUGAGCGGAAAGCUUUGGGAAACAUGGAAAUCAUAUAGACGUCAGGAUCACACAAAAUAAUAAAGAUGAGUUUCCAAUUUUGGGAUUUUUAGUGUUGACUCUCCUGUGAAACAGAAAAUAAAGUUUGUUUCGACCAAAAAGGAAUUUUUCCUUGACUCACCUAUUGAUAGCCAGUUUAUUCUACCUUGAUACAACUAUAGCAAAGAAAUGUCUUAAGGAACAGUUAACAUUCAGUGUUUGAUGUACACUGUAAAAGUAGUUUACACAGUGUGUAAAUGUACUGUGGCUUGAAAAACUUAAUUUUGUGUUUUUUCUGGCAUGUUCACAGGUAAGUUUUUCUUGAACAUAAUUUUUUUUUAUAUAAAUUGGUUAUUAAAUCUUUGUUUCGUCUACAUGUAAAUCACAUCUUUUCAAAUGAAAUGUACAUAAAAUUAUGCUAUUUUGAAAGUGUUAUACACAUUGAUAUAAUCCUAGAAAAUGUUGAUAUUUGAUGCUAUCCACUUUGUUGUCAUUUCGAACAGUUAAUUUUCUGGACAACUUUGGACAGUAACGUACAUAAAGGUCUGU